AUGCGCGCGAUCUCCGCCGCGACGGCGCUGACCCCCGGGGCGACGUCCCUUCGCGCGCGCGCGAAGGGCGCGAACCCGCGCCGCGUCUCGCGCGUCUCCACGACGCGCGCCGCGAUCGUGGACCCGCCGAAGACGAGCAUCAAGGACGUGCAGCGCCCGGACGAGACCGGACGCUUCGGCGCGUACGGAGGGAAGUACGUUCCGGAGACGCUCAUCCCGGCGCUUCAGGAGCUUCAGGACGAGUACGCGACGCUCGCGGGCGACGCGUCGUUCCAGGCUGAGCUCAGCAGCAUCCUGAAGGACUACGUCGGCCGCGCGAACCCGCUGUACUUCGCGGAGAGGCUCACGGAGCUCUACGGCACCGCGGACAUCUACCUCAAGCGUGAGGACCUCAACCACACGGGCGCGCACAAGAUCAACAACGCCGUCGGCCAGGCCCUCCUCGCGAAGCGAAUGGGGAAGAAGCGCAUCAUCGCGGAGACGGGCGCGGGGCAGCACGGCGUCGCCACCGCGACCGUGUGCGCGCGCUUCGGCCUCGAGUGCAUCAUCUACAUGGGCGCCGCGGACAUGGAGCGCCAGAAGCUCAACGUCUUCAGGAUGCGUCUUCUCGGCGCGACGGUCACGCCCGUGCGCGCGGGGACCGCGACGCUCAAGGACGCGACGUCCGAGGCGAUCCGCGACUGGGUCACGAACGUGGAGACGACGCACUACAUCCUCGGGUCCGUCGCGGGCCCGCACCCGUACCCGAUGAUGGUUCGCGACUUCCACGCGGUGAUCGGCAAGGAGGCGAGGGCGCAGUCGCUCGAAAAAUGGGGAGGCAAGCCGGACGUGCUGGUCGCGUGCGUCGGCGGCGGCUCGAACGCGAUGGGUCUGUUCCACGAGUUCAUCGACGACGAGGACGUGAGGAUCAUCGGCGUCGAGGCCGCGGGCGAGGGCAUGGGACCGGGGCAGAAGCACGCGGCGACGCUCACGCUCGGUUCGCCCGGCGUCUUGCACGGCUCGUUUUCGUACCUGAUCCAGGACGAGGAGGGGCAGAUCAUCGAGCCGCACAGCAUCUCCGCCGGUCUGGACUACCCCGGCAUCGGCCCGGAGCACUCGUUCCUCAAAGAUUUCGGACGCGCGGAGUACCACGCGGUGACGGACCAGGAGGCGCUCGACGCGUUCGUCAGAGUGUCGCGAUGCGAGGGGAUCAUCCCCGCGCUCGAGACGUCUCACGCCUUCGCCUACCUCGAGAAGCUCAUGCCGACGCUGAAGAAGGGGCAGAAGGUCAUCCUGAACUGCAGCGGGCGCGGCGACAAGGACGUGAACACCGCGGCGGCGGCGCUCAACAUCUCGGGCGAGGUGGACAUCUGAACGCGAGAGAGAAGCAUGAUUUUUUGACGAGUGUUGUUGUCAGUCGUAUCUACAAGGUUAAGCCUUUAU